AUGAGCGACCGGUACGCUCCGCCCUCGUCGCUUCCGUCCUAUAUAACGGCGGAAUGGCGUUGCAGCAAACAAGCAUCAGCGAUGGUCUCGAAGCUUCUAAUUGCUGGAUUUUGUGUCCUUUCGGUGGCCUUUGCUGCACCUCAAACAGAGGAAGAGCCUAAAAGUGCGAAACGACGGCAGUACAUCCAGCCUCUGGCAGGCGCUGCGCAAAGUCCACGGAAUAUAGCAGUUGCUGCCGCCCCUAUGAUGGCACCCACACCCGUGAUUGCAUCUGCUCCGGCUGUUCCUGUAGCACCAGUUGCAUAUCAGCCAGCUGUACCGGUUCCAGUAGCUCCAACAGGGCAAUGUCCCGGCGGUCCAUCGUUGCCGAUCGAAUGUGACCCGAAGCGACCAUGGCCACAAUGUCCACCACAGUCAUACUGUUAUGCUACCAAUUCCGUGGAUGUUGGACCGUACUUCUGCUGUCCGAUCUGGUCCACCUACGGGGCAGCAUGGAGACCUGCAACUCCCUUCUACAAUUAUGUUCCUCCCAUGCCAGCCAACUGGCCGGAUGUCAUGAAAGUCACCGCAAAUUGGCCAGCAGCUGCAGUUGGGCUGCCGGUCAAAGCUAGAAAGCCCGUUUCUAAUCAAGAAGAUCAAGAGGAGGGAGACCAGAUCGGAAGCUCGAUCAACGAAUGGCUCGAUAGGCAAGCAAGAAUUAUGAUCCGAUCACUUCUACUAUUCGCUUUUCUUGGAAUACUUGCUGCAUAUUUAUAUAGAAUAAUUUCUAGUCUUGAUCUCAACAAGAGAGUUUACAAUCAUCGACCAGGGUCCUGUCGUAAGGUUGAGGGAAUUGCUCAUGGCUCCGAAGAUAUCGCACUUGUAGAAGAAGAGGGCAUUGCUUUUGUAACUUCAGGAGUUUUGUACAUGAUACCAAGAGGAAAGGAUGUCAAAGGUCAAAUCUUCUUAUAUGACUUCAAUCAGAAGGGAACAUGGAAUGCGGAGCCUCUGAAAAUUAACGGAAAAUUCGACCAGGACAACUUCCAUCCUCAUGGGAUUUCUCAUGUGGUUACUUCUGCUGGCACGAUUCGUCUUUUUGUUAUAAAUCAUUCGAACGCGUUCCACCAUUCAGUAAUGGUGUUCGAUUGGAAUCGCAAAACUCGCCAGUUGGAUUUUGUGAGAAUAGUGAAAGACGAGAAGUUUAUCAGGCCAAACGAUCUAGUCGCAGUCACAGAAGACGCUUUUAUCCUGACGAAUGAUGGAUCAGCGCAAACAGUUCUUACAAACGUUCUCGAGAUACUUUCGUUGAUACCGAGUGGAAGUGUCGUCUAUCACAACGGGAAGACGAGCUCAUGGCUCAUCGACAGGGCGACGUCUCCAAAUGGAAUCAUUCUUGAUCGAGAACACAAACAUCUUAUUGUUUCUCAUGUGAACGACAAGAUGCUCUCUGUUUAUAGAAUAGAAAAGGAUUACCUAUCUCUUUUCAAAAUAGUUGAUGUCCCCCUUAUGACCAUUGCCGAUAAUUUGUACAUGGACAAAUAUGGAGCCGUCUGGACGGGUGCUCACCCAAUAAUGAAAGAAUUGUUCGGGCAUGUGAGUAACUGUGAGGACCUCAGCAAGUAUGCACCAUCACAAGUGUUGCGGAUCAAAUUCUCGGAGGAUUUCAAGACGUGGGAAAUUACUGAGCCUUUCAUGGAUGACGGAAGGUUGAUUUCCGCAUCAUCUAUCGCUGUUCCAUUCAAGAAUCAACUACUGAUUGGGUCCGUGUGCAGGCAGCUUGUCCACUGUGACAUCACUCCAGAAACCUCAUAA